GUCCACACUGCUUUGUCACUAGUCUUGUAGCUUCACUGACUUAUGGUUACAUUUAACGGCAGGUGGUGUGGUAAUUAACAAUGGAUAAACACUUUUUAGUCUUAGUUUUGACGUGGAGCGCUUUAGUAAGGGCCGAACCUCCUGUUAACUCAUAUCUGCCACCAAGUCAAAAUGGGGGCCCAAGUUCAACAUAUGGACCUCCCGGUUUUCAACCGGGAACUCCCCUAGGUGGUGGGGGUAAUGGUGGGCACCCACCCUCUCAAGGGGGGAAUGGGGGCUUUGGUGGAAGACACCCUGACAGUGAUCAAAGACCUGGUACUAGCUACUUACCGCCUGGACAAAAUGGAGGCGCUGGAAGACCUGGAGUAACAUACGGUCCUCCAGGACAAGGUGGUGGUCAAAAUGGGGGUGGACCUAGCUCGACAUAUGGUCCACCGGGACAAGGAGGAAAUGGUUUUGGAGGUGGCCAAAAUGGUGGCAGACCAAGUUCUACCUACGGUCCACCUGGACAAGGAGGAAAUGGUUUUGGAGGUGGUCAGAAUGGUGGUAGACCAAGUUCGACCUACGGUCCACCUGGUCAAGGAGGAAAUGGUUUUGGAGGUGGCCAGAAUGGUGGUAGACCAAGUUCAACCUACGGUCCACCUGGGCAAGGAGGAAAUGGUUUUGGAGGUGGUCAGAAUGGAGGAAGACCAAGUUCUACCUACGGUCCACCCGGUCAAGGAGGAAAUGGUUUUGGAGGUGGUCAGAAUGGUGGUAGACCAAGUUCUACCUACGGUCCACCUGGUCAAGGAGGAAAUGGUUUUGGAGGUGGUCAAAAUGGAGGAAGACCUAGCUCGACAUAUGGUCCACCUGGACAAGGGGGAAAUGGUUUUGGAGGUGGUCAAAAUGGAGGCAAACCUAGUUCCACAUAUGGUCCUCCGGGACAAGGAGGAAAUGGUUUUGGAGGUGGUCAGAAUGGAGGAAGACCAAGUUCUACCUAUGGUCCACCUGGACAAGGAGGAAAUGGAAAUGGAGGAGGUCAUAACGGUCAAAGACCGGGCGGUUCGUAUCUCCCCCCUUCUCAGGGUGGAAAUGGUGGGUACCCCAGUGGUGGACCUGGUGGUUACCCUAGUGGAGGUCCUGGGGGUAAUGGUGGUUACGGUGGUGAAGAAGAAAGCACAGAACCGGCCAAAUACGAAUUCGAAUAUCAGGUAGAUGACGACGAGCACAAUACACACUUUGGACAUCAGGAGUCACGAGAUGGCGAUAAAGCGACAGGCGAGUACAACGUUCUGCUGCCGGAUGGCAGGAAGCAAGUAGUGCAAUAUGAGGCGGAUUCCGAAGGAUAUAAACCAAAAAUCAGUUAUGAAGGAGGAAAUGGCAAUGGAGGUUACCCAAGUGGCGGGCCUGGAGGUGCCGGCAACGGAGGAUACCCUUCUGGAGGUCCACAAGGUGGUAACGGCGGGUAUCCCUCGGGGGGCCCUCAGGGAGGUAAUGGGGGAUAUCCCUCGGGAGGCCCACAAGGAGGGAAUGGAGGAUAUCCUUCAGGAGGCCCACAAGGAGGGAAUGGAGGAUAUCCCUCGGGAGGCCCACAAGGAGGGAAUGGAGGAUAUCCUUCAGGAGGCCCACAAGGAGGGAAUGGAGGAUAUCCCUCGGGAGGUCCACAAGGAGGGAAUGGGGGAUAUCCUUCAGGAGGUCCACAAGGAGGGAAUGGAGGAUAUACCUCGGGAGGUCCACAAGGAGGGAAUGGAGGAUAUCCUUCCGGUGGCCCACAAGGGGGUAACGGAGGAUCAGGACCGUAUUAAGUGUUCAGAAUUAUUAUUUUCCGAAAGGUUACUACAACUGAUCAAUGAAUUGAAAAUCUGCUAAAGCAAUUUUUUAUUUAUUUUAGAAAAAAAGUAAUUUAUGUAGACCAUUUAAUCAUUUUUCAUUCCAUGUACACUAUGACGACUGCUUCGUUUUAAGGAAAUUGCCUCAUUUAUUAUUGUUAACUUAUUACAAUUUCAUUUAGAUACCUCUGCAUUUUAUUAGCACACUUUUACGCUGUAUAUACUGUAUCAAUACACUUUGUAAAAUAAAGUUUAUCUAAUGGUG